GCGACACGUCGUCGUACGCGACACACUAUCGGUUUGGAGGCCCUGUCGGCUCGCGUGUCCGUAUAUUCGGAGUAGACAGAAAUAGACGGAUAGAUAAAAGAGGAGAUAGAGAGGAGAAAAGAGAGAGGAGUCCCCGGCCCGCAGACCGCUGUGCUCGCCUCGCACGAGAAACGUCAAGAUCAUGUGUGAAGCCGCUUGUUCUAUUUGACGUUUCGACUUUCGGAAUUUGAGUUUGGACUCGAGCUUCAACCGCGUGGACGAACCGCUGACGUUCCGAGGAGGAUUUCUUGGGAAUUCAAGCCUUUGUAUUAACCGUAGGAAUCGAUCGGAGGACUGGUCCUGGCACGUCAUAUGAUGUCAAACUCAUUGAGAAAUUUCACUGUUUCUCUUUGAUGCGAAAGUGCUACUCGAAGAAAGAACGUAUCCUAAGUGUCUGAUUAUUAUCGCACCUCUAACAUUGCAUUUGAAAUUCGUGCGAUUGUUUGAACAUCCGUCGCGCGACAGUUUUCUCUGUCAACUGGUUGACAGCGAUCAGUUGGAGCAGCGUGAUCUCUAAUUUAGUUGGAUGUUAAAUUCCAAUUCGCGUGUGAUUGUCGAUUGACAUAAAACGGAAAUUCUUGACUGUUACUCCGAAAAGAUCAGCGUACUUUGCACGCGACGGAUCGCUUCAUUUUGAGCUUCAGAAUUCAUCGACGUCAAUAGUCCUUGUGUAUUUCAUGACACGCGCAUGCAAUCGCUUUGGAUUGACAAGAUUAUGCUAAACUCGCUCUUCUCGUUAUUGAAAGCCGAUUAUUGAUCGCGCGGAAUCGCUAAAUUCCACGACACGCUCGAGCUCCAUCGGAUUAACGUGAUAGUCUGCAAGUCGAAUUUGAAGAACCGGAACGACAUUUCGGCAACACGCAUGCGGAGUUGAGGACAAAGUUAGAAGCAACGGUUUACGAGGUCGAGAAAGUGUGGCGGGAAGUGUGGCAGGAUCGACAUCAUCGAUCGGAGAUCGAGCAAGAGCCCCCAGGAACGUCCGUCGAUCGGUUAUUCCCGAAGAGAAGGAGUCCGCGGCAGUGCGGAGGAGAUCGGGAAGGUGUUGUUCAGCCACGAGUCCAGGAUUCUCACCCCCGGAGGCGGUACCAUCUCGCCGGGGGGCGCGGGGCCGCCCGCGAGCCCAUCGCCGGGACAUUAUCAUCCCCCUGCGCACAGUCCGCCCCUGGUCAAGAUUGGCGCGGUCCACGCCCACCAGCCGAACAAUAACCACCACCAGCACCAUCAGCAGCAACAGCAGCAACAGCAGCCGUCGAGUCAACCGCAGGUGCCGGGUGCUGGCGCGGGGGGGGCCGGUGGGCCGGGGGGCGGCGCGGCGGUGGCCAGGGCCGGAAGCAUGUUCUGCUACCACUGCCCCCCGGGCCUCCCGGCGCCGCGAUUACCGCCGUCCCUGGAGUAUCCUUUCGCCCCGACUCACCCCUAUACUAGUUACUCCGCUUAUCAUCCGGCACUACACGGAGUUGGCGAGGAUUCCUUCGUGAGGAGGAAGCAACGGCGGAAUAGGACUACUUUCACCCUUCAGCAACUGGAGGAACUCGAAUCCGCCUUCGCGCAGACUCACUACCCGGAUGUCUUUACGAGGGAAGAUUUGGCUAUGAAGAUUAAUCUCACGGAGGCUAGGGUGCAGGUAUGGUUCCAAAAUCGCCGAGCGAAAUGGCGAAAGAGCGAGCGGCUGAAGGAGGAGCAACGCAAGCGCGAGGGCGGGGGUGGCGGUAACGUGGAGUCGUCCGCUCUGAGCGCGCCGACGUCGUCGUCGGCGGGCCCGAGCCCCACGGGGAACGACCCGGAGGGCACCACCACGAGCAGCAGCGCAGCCGACAUGGAGGACGCCGUGGUUGAAGGCAUCGGAAGCGGUGCUGGCGGCGGUAGCGGCAGCGGCGGCGGCGGCGGCGGUGGCGGCUCCAGGAGUCCCAGCACGACUUCCGCCUCGGUCAGCCCCCGGCCCCAGCCGAGUCAGCCGUCCCUGGGUGGCGUCUCGACGCCACCGCCGACCCCCAUAAGGGCGCCACUGCCGCCACCGAGCACCGCAGGGGGUCUCGGACCGCCCGGCGAGAGCACCACGGGAAUAGGCGCUGGCUUCAGGCCGGUGGAACCACCGACCUCUCUCUUCUUCUCGCCUCAUUUGGCCGCCCAAUUUUCGCCACCGCUCUUCAGCAACAAAGUUGUUAGCAGCGCGUCGACAUCGCUGACUUCGACACCGUCUCUAUGGACCACCAGCGAUCAGCAUCGAGCGAGUAGCCUCCAGGAGAUGCUGUCCUGGUCGCCAACCGGCUGGCCCGGUUCUAUCUGCGGUUGCUGCAAGCCAGGUACCGCUGGCAGCGGUACUGAUCUUCAUCGGAGCAACAGCCUGGCCGAGUUGCGAAGAAAAGCUCAGGAACAUUCGACCGCCUCGGCUCUUCUCGGUGGUCUCGCCGGUUUUCCUGGCGGUCUGCCCCUGCCUUUGCCUCUUCCGCUGCUGCCACCCUUGUUAGGUCUCUCCAGGCGACCGGAGCACCAUCAUCAUCAUCAUUUGCCCGGUGUAGUGCACCAGAUACAGCCAACCACCAAGGAGGAUCCAUAGGAUCGCCUCGACGGAUGUCGAAAUCGUUUCGUAAACGUAGCGUAAAUCCCAUUAAGGGGAUGUAAGCAUCGCGUGAUUGCAAAAAAUCAGGAGCGAUAUAAUAAUCUCGGUGAGUUCGAAUCUCGGUGCUACAGAGACAGAAGAAUAAUAUAUCUCUGUGUGUAUUUUCAUAAUGAGAAUAUGAAGAAUUUCUU